GAUCGCUCUCAGCGCCUGCCAACGCCAGCGACAACUCCAUCCCGACGCCCAACCCAGCUAUUCCGCACACCGAACGACCGACUCCCGUCGAAAUCUAAAAUCGCACAUAAUGGAUUCCGCUAAGGCUCCCGUCAAGCUCGUCAAGGUCACCCGUGUCCUUGGCCGAACCGGCUCCCGUGGUGGUGUCACUCAGUGCCGUGUCGAGUUCAUGGACGACCAGACCCGUUCUAUCAUCCGCAACGUCAAGGGCCCAGUCCGCGAGAACGACAUUCUCUGCCUGCUCGAGUCCGAACGUGAGGCCAGGCGUCUGCGAUAAGCGCAACAACUCUCGGGGAAAGGGAAGCGGCAUUUUCAUUCGGUUACCGGAGUUCUUUGCGAAAGCUAUGGGCAUCUAUACGGACUUCACGAGGAUGGACAACUGAUGGCGCGGUGCUCUUGGAGCGCUGCGUAGGAGGAGACAGAUAUGAGGGAGAUGCGAUCACGACGAAUAUCAAGAGUCUGGGUUCUCCCUGAAUGAAUUGAAAAUCUACCAACUCCCACUCGUUGCGACUUGGACGUGUUGUAGUCUGUCGGCUUGGAACUUGAAUUGGAGCAUAUGAAGUGGUGAAGCUGAUGUAGUCCAGUUUACAUGUUCAUCC